AUUUGUUGGGUCCCAUCCCUGAGAAAAAAAAAAAAAAAAUUUGUUUUUUGACAUGUUGGCUUGAUUUAAAUCCUUUCUUCACCUGUUUGUGGCGUUAAAAUGGAAUACAAGCGCGAUCUAAGAAGUUCCCGUAAGACCAAUGAGUGUAGAAAGGCUCAACCAAUCUUAAAUUGUGUAAAUCAUUGUCUACCUGGCCAGGGACAAGGUCAAUGGCAGGCAAUACCCAUAGCAGAGCCAUGCCCGGCCAUAAAUCAACGACAGGCUAGGGGGCAAUGGAGGGCAAUUGCUGUGUCGGAGCCAUGUUCUUGCAUUCCCUUGGCGGCGCCAGUGGAGCCAUGUCAUCCAUGUGUCUACAAUCUUGGACCACCCAUUUGCCCACAGCCAGAUGUAAAUAAGAUGUACAGUUGCCGCAAGGUUUGCUGCAUGGUGGAAAAUAUUCCCUGCCCCACAACAUCGACACCAACUCCUCCUUCUCCUAAACCCGAAGAGCCAAAACCAGAAAUGAUAAUGGAAUUUGCCCAGACUGAUAUUUCUUAUGAUCCCAAUAUGUCUAUGAAUGAUCAGUCUAUGCAGUGGCCUGAAGAUCCUAAAUUACGUGAAAUAAAUAUCAAAGAGAUUGAGGUCGAGACCAGAGAGAUAAGGCAUCGAACUGGUGAAAGAGAAUUCGAGGUGGUUCAUCGUAUCGCAAGUACAAAAAUUCCCGAAGAUGGUGGUGAACCCGUGACAGAGUAUCAGGAAGUGACUGAAAGAAAAUCACCCGAGGAAAUGGAAUUAUUAAAUGCUCAACUACCAAAUUCAACAAAAACCAUACUGAAAAACGAGUCACAAGCUAAAUCUUUGUCUAAACAAGUGUCCUUACAUGCAUAUAUGAUGCCAGAUAAAUCAGAAACGACUAUUGAAGACGAGGUUCUCUUGCAAACCAAUUCGAAUCCAGAAGAAAAUGAACCUUCUGUGAAACGCAGGAAGUUUGGUAAACUUGAGGAUGAAGAUGAUGAAAAUGUGCCCCUACGAUUUAGAGCUGCAUCUGUAAGGAAACAUAGAUAUAUAACGGAAACAGAAAUGGAAAUACCAAUGGAGGAUGAUGAGCAAGACGAAGAUGAAGAGGAACAAAUGCAAAAAGGCCAAGAGAAGCGACGAAAAUCAUCAUCCACAAGUCCAAGAGAUGGCCAAAAUCAUUUAAUGCCUCGCACAUCAUCGCUAGCAAGUCCAACAGAAACCGAGCGAACACGUCUCAGAUCAUCACGAGCAAGUUCGACAGAAGAUGCCCAAAAGUAUUCAAAGCGACGUAGAUCAUCUCCGGCAAGUCCACCGAAUAAAUCAAUACGAAAUAGAGCAUCAUCACCAAGUGCUUCCCGAGCCACGAUGAGAAGAGAUUCUGCACGUGUUUCUUCCAGUAAAAACAAAAGAGAUCCCGAUGAUGUCCUACAACGCGAAGUCACGUCAAGUCCUGAUCGUAACUAUGAAAUAACCAGAAAAGUGCAAGACAUCGAGAUGUCCAGUGUAGGCAGUGGUGUUCCAUUUCAUGUCAUGCCCCAAGAUGAUCAAUUAAAUACCGAAGAAACCAGUCGUAGGAUCCAUAAUGACGAUGAGCUAACGGAAAAUUAUGAACAGCAGGAAAUUAAUAAAGAUAACUAUCGCAGUGCAUCCCAGAUUAAUGAGGAUGCGGUGCCCGAUGAAGGGGUUGCAGGUGCUGCCUCAGCUUUAUUAAUACGCAGGCAUUAUACCAAAGAAACUGAAUCGAAAUUACCAGGAGAUUUGCUUACAAAAAAGAAUAUAAUCUCUGAGUCAACAUCUGAGCACAGGGUGAAAAGAUAUUCAACUGAACCAGAAGAGCCCGAGGAACCUAAACCUGAACUCGAACCCGAGCCCCAGCCUAGUCCAAAGCCUCGCAAGCGGAGAGUACCGAAAAAGCCAGCAAAAAGUAAAUAUCCCUCAAACGAUAUAGUGCCCAGAUGCGUAAGGGAGCCCCACUGCCGUUAUGUGGGUACAGUUUGUGCCCAUCCCUGUUACAGUUGUCCUCCCUGUACCUGUUCCUAUGCCACGCCCUGCUGUCCAGGAUAUCCCUGCUGCGAGAUGCCCUGUUGUUCACGCUUUGGCUUUGGUGGUCAAUAUAUUUAUUCACCUUUACAUCGUCAAUAAACUUGCUAAAAGCCCAUUUAAAGUGGGUGGGGUUGAGGGGACCCAACAAUUAA